AUGUGUCUUUUCUUUCAUGUUGUUCUCUUUAGUGUGUGGAUAGCUUUUGAAAAUGCUGACGCCCAACACUUCCAACUAGCUAAUAGCUCCAUGUUUUGCUCUCUUUACUCGUUCGGAGACUCUUUCGUUGAUCCCGGAAACAAUAACUACAUAGCGACCAAUGCGAGGAGCAAUUUCCCCCCUUACGGUAAUGAUUUUCCGGGGCGAAACGCCACCGGAAGGUUUUCGAACGGGCUGUUAUUCCCUGAUUUUCUUGCUUAUUUCUUGGGUUCUGAAAAGUACCCGCUUGCUUACCUGGGAGGAGAACUUGAUUUUGAGGAGCCAGUGACUGCAGUUAGUUUCGCCUCUGCCGGCAGUGGAUACGAUCCUGCCACUUCCAACAAAACCGAAGCAAUCCAACUGUGGCAGCAGCUGCAGUUUUUCAAAGAGUACAAAGCUGAUCUCCGGAACACCGUUGGAAAGAACCGAGCCAAUAGUCAGAUCAAGGCAGCCGUCUUUUACGUCCAUGCUGGAUCAGCCGAUUUCGCUUUGAAUUAUUUUCGCGAACCUUUCAAUUAUUUCGACGAUGCCCAUGGUUCCAAGGCAUCCUCUCCUCUCCCGGAGUAUGAACAUUUCCUUCUGAAACGUGUUCAACGAUUUAUACAGGGAUUAUGGGUCCAAGGGGCUCGAAAAUUUGCAGUAAGUGGUCUACCGCCCUUGGGGUGCAUCCCGAUUGGGAUCACUAACCUUCCUCCAAAUCCAAAGAAUUCAGAAACUGUCCAAAACCGCGACCGCAAAUGCCUUGAACAUGUGAACGACGUAUCGGAAGAAUUCAAUUCUUUGCUCGUGGUGAAAUUGCAGGAACUGCAGAGCAAAUUCCCAGAAACGAAUAUCGCUUACAUUGACUUUGAAGUACCACUACUCGACGCGAUACAAGACCCAAGUAGUUACGGUUUUAAUGAGGUGAACAAGGGUUGCUGUGGGACAGGACUUACUGAAACAGGACUAUACUGCAAUGAAACGACUCCGAUUUGUUCCGACGCCUCGCAGUACGUGUUCUGGGAUGCAGUACACCCAACGGAGACGACGAAUGAAAUCAUCUUCGCGAGCAACCUUGACGCCAUUAAUGAAAUAAUUGAGAACUAA